AUGAUUGAGAAACGAGCCAACGCUCGCUUAUUUCUUCUUCUUUUUCUUUCAUGGAUCAUCAAUAUCGCCAAAGUUAAGGAAAACAACUUGAACGGACGAUCUGGACAAAUAGAACUCGGUGCAUCAAGGCAGCAAUUGGAAAUGCCUCUGACUUUUGAAGAAGACUACAAUAAGGAUCGAGAGGAUCACGUGGCAGAAACGGCCUACUUCUCAGCUGCUCCAAGAAAACCGAAAAACUCGUUGGAGGCGAUGGCAGCAAUGCGACUUUUGUACUUCGUUAAGGGAGAGGACCUCAAAGACGGGAUCCAAUUCAUGAGAAAUGCUGAUAUUGCUCCGGAUCGACUAACAAUCACAAUGGCCCAGGAUGAUUGCUUUGUUGUGUCAUUCAGUCUCAAAUGCACGUCGACUCCAUUCGUUGCCCGAUACAGUUCCCUUGCUCUUCUACUCAAAUCACUCAGAUGCAUUUUCCCGUGGGAGAUCCGACUUGUUGAGUUCUUCAACGUCGCUUUCGAUAUCCGAGAUGUGCCGAACUUGGAGAUUGUGAUUAAAGGAUUGGAGCCCGAAUUGGUUCUGCUGAGAAAUUGUACAUAUCCGGAUGUCUUUCCGGGCCCGGAAGCGGUGCGCUUUCUGAAUGCAAUCAAUCGACAGAAGAAGACGAUCGUUUGCGAGUACGGAGAGGAUCGAUUGAAAAGUCGGAUCAGCAUCGGAAACGAGCAACAACCACAGUUAAACGAGGAGGAGAUAAGGAAUAAAAUGCCGGCAACUGUUCCACGGACUGCACCCAAAAACACUCCAUACUACCUGGUGGAUCACGAAAUUGAGAUUGUCGACGUCGAAAAUGAGCCAGGUCCAUCGACGAAGAAGCGAAGAAGAACGAAA